CCGCCAGCGCCGUGUUCUAAAGCGGAGUGGACCUGCGGACAGUGAGCGUGUUGGCGCGCAGAGGCGUGGGCAUAGGGACGCAGUGAGACCAGAGAUCGGCGCAUUCCCGCGACAGGCACAGCAAAGCUGGGAACAGCAUCACAGUCGCAGAUCUGGCAAAGCGGCACCACGGGAACGUGUCAGUGUGCGCGAGGACGUGUGCCGUCUUACUCCCAUUAACUCCGGACUCCAUGCUACAAAAAAGGACACGGUUGCAGUUCCUUCGUGGAUUCAAAAGUUUAAAACUUAACUAGUUAUCCGCUCCAGGCUCCUGUGCACACGCGUGGUGACUGCGCACGGACAUGGCGCAAAGGUAUGAUGAGCUGACUCAUUACGGAGGCGCGAUGGACGGAGUCCCCGGCUCCAUGUACGGAGACCCGCACGCACCCCGGCCCCUAAUGAUUCAAGCCAUUCAAGUCCUGCGGUUUCAUCUGCUGGAAUUAGAAAAGGUCCAUGAGCUCUGUGAUAACUUCUGCCACCGCUACAUCAGCUGCCUGAAAGGAAAGAUGCCCAUCGAUCUGGUCAUAGAGGAGAGAGACGUCUGCAAGUCGGACUUUGACGACCUUUCAGGAUCCUCCACUAAUCUCGCAGAUCAUAACCCAGCGUCCUGGAGAGACAUGGAUGAUUCCCAUUCCACUCCCUCCGUGGGUACUCCAGGACCAUCCAGUGGGGGACACGUUUCCCAGAGCGGAGACAACACCAGCGAACUUGGUGACGGCCUUGACAACAGCUUGGCAUCACCAGGCACGGGAGAUGAGGAUGACCAAGACAAGAAGAGACAGAAGAAACGAGGCAUCUUCCCCAAAGUGGCGACAAACAUAAUGAGAGCGUGGCUAUUCCAGCACCUUACACACCCAUACCCAUCAGAGGAACAGAAAAAGCAGCUAGCACAGGACACAGGUCUCACCAUUCUUCAAGUGAACAACUGGUUUAUCAAUGCAAGGAGGAGAAUAGUCCAGCCUAUGAUUGACCAGUCGAACAGAGCAGUAAGUCAGGGUACAGCUUACAGUCCAGAUGGCCAGCCAAUGGGAGGCUUUGUUCUUGAUGGGCAGCAGCACAUGAAUCUUCGACCUGGUGGGCCGAUGGGUAGCAUGGGUAUGAAUAUGGGGAUGGAUGGGCAGUGGCACUACAUGUAAAUUCACUCCACUGAGGCAAGCCU